CAAAUCUUAAAAUUAAUUCGCAAAAUUGAUCGAUUUUCGGCCACGUUAGCAUGACUGGAUGAAAAAUCUGACGUGGCUGAAAAUCAGGUGGCUCACGAUCUCGGGAAAGGGAUCCAUCAUUUCCAAAGCGUUCAAAUUUUCCUCUCCAGUUCCCAGCGCUGUGCCAGCAGCUCGUCAGCCGCGUCCCCAUCUGUUUCCACGACCUUUUUUCAGUUCCCUCUUUGAUAACCGCCAUCCAACCAAAAAGCAUCUGUUUUUUUUUUCUUCCCAUCUUUUAAUUCUAUAUAUAUUAUGCAUAAAAGUCUAGGGCUUUCAAACCCUAAAAAUGAAUUCUGAUCAAGGGCGGACCACAGUUACAAGGAGAAAGAAAGGUCGUUCGACGGAUAGGCAGUAUCUUCGACGAUGUUUUAAUUGUGGUGAUGAUCGUCGUCAUUCGAUCAAAUCUUGCCCUGAAGGGGCAUUCAUCUGCUUCAGAUGUCAUGAGGAGGGUCAUGUGGCCAAACAUUGCAGAUCUCAUCUUCGUCCCUUAGAGAUGAAGGUGGAUUUAUCAGAUUCAGCUACUCAUCUUUGCAAUAAUGCUAAGGCGCUUGCUGCUUUUGCUGUCCUUACAAUUACUGAAGGCUCGCCAUCAAUAGAGUUAAUCAGGACCCAAUUGGCAUGGCUAUUCCGGUGGCAACAGUGGAUUGGUAAGGUGAUUCCUAUUCGUGGUAACACUUUUAUAGUAGAGUUCCCGUCGACCUUUCAUUUGUCAGGAGUUGUUGAUGAAAAGCUCUUAGAUUUUGAACAAUUUAAGGGUUGGUUUGCUCCCUGGACUGAGAAUGUAGGAAUGAAGAUUGUUGGUUCUGCAUUUUAUCAAUGGAUUAAAUUUAAAAACCUUCCCUUUCAAUUCUGGUCCAUCGAUAUUCUGGAGAAGAUUGUGGGUACGUUUGGUGAACUGGUAAGGGGAUGCAAAAAUAUUAAAGACAAAUUGAAUGGCCAGGAUACACGUGUUCUUGUUAAGGUUAAGGGUCCAGAGUGCAUCCCUCAGUCGGUCGUAUGCUCGUAUACUUCUCAGAUAGACUCCUUCACUAGAGAAGUGAGAUUGGAGAUUGCCCCGAUUGGAGUUGGUCGACGAGGGCCUGAAGUCAUUGACAAUCAUAUGUCUGUUUUGGAAGUUCAAGGAGAUAUUGUCAUUGAAACUCAAUGGGCAGAUCAGGUGACAGCUCCGAUGAAAACUUCGCCGGAGAACGGGCAGAACCAGGUUGAAGCAGCAAACUUUGUUGGAGAUAGGGGUAAAUCAGUUGCUCCACAUUUUUUGAAUUCAGCGAAGUUUCAGGAAUUUCCAGAUCAUCAUCAGCCUCCAAUGGAAACAAUUCUAAAUCCUAGCUUUGCGGUUAUGGUAGAGGAUCCUAAGGCCCAUAAUGAGGAAGAUUCCUCUGAAGAUAGCUCGGAUUCCAUUCUAGAUUCCCUAAGAGAUUUUCCGCUUGAUUUGGUUAAGCAGUCUUGGAAGGGGCGUACUAUUUAUAUUGAGCGUUCAACCUGGAACAAUUAUCUUGGCGGGAAAGCGGAUUCCUCGAAUUCAAAUUCAGCUACAUCAUUCCCGCCAAAAUCUGCUCAAACGCCAGCUAUUCAGCCAACAUCCUCUAUUCCACCAGGCUUUUCUCGUCGACCAGGUUCAGUGACAUCUUCACGUUCAAUUAGGAAGACUAUCUUCGGCAAUAAGCAUAAGAGCUUCAUGAGGCAAUCUACUUCUGCUAAGAAGGUGGCUCGUUCGUCUAAAAAAGAUGCGGGAAGUGGGACGGCUACACGACAUCUAUCUGCAAGGCUUAAAGAACAUCCGAUAUCAAGGGCUAGUGUGUGAUGGGGGAUUGAAGUAAUCUUUGACACAGUGAGAGCAAGUUGUAAAGUUUUGUUUGUUUAUAAGCUAGAUACCAUUUUUAUUUUCA